UAAAGAAUAUCGUUUAAUACGCGCGAAUCGCUAGAACGCGUUUUAGUCGACGAUGAAUCGCCGAUUAAAAAUAAUCAUGACGAAUCGUUGCUCCGAGACCUUUAACGAAGACUAUUAGCAAUCGUGAUCGGUAAAAUUAGUAAUUCGUAUCGAGAAAUAGUCGAGGCACGUAAAAAUUCUUCAGUUAUAAUUCUGUUCGGUUUGUUAUCGUCGUCGAUACAGUCUCUUUACGCAGCCGUCAUCUACAGAAAUACAACGAGCUGCUUGAACGAACAAGAUAUCGUAUUUAUUUGCGCUAUUAUACUCGACUUCUUUUAAUUUUCACGUUUAUCGAGGCGAUAACCGAUGGCUGAAAAAGAUUAGCUUGCUCCUUGACUCGUACGCUAUCGAUGCUGUGCUAUAAUUGCGGAGGAAACGGCCAUUGCGAAUAACGCGAAGGAAUAUAUUCUAAAUUAAGAACUAGCGUGGAAUUAAUUUAGCUCGCAGACGCGGAUAAUCUGCACGACUGAUGAAUAAUGUAUUUACCUUUCCUUAGAUGCAUCGAAAAACUUCUACUAAACGAAGAAUCGAGCAACGAAUUAUUUUCGCUAAAGAAGAAAAAAGUAAUCGCACCUUUUUUUUCUUCAAAGUUUACCAUUAAAUCGAUGCAUAUAUCGUAGCGAUAAAGUAAUCGCGGAUUCGUCCGCGAGCAGAUAAGAUAAAAGAUAAUGUUCGUCUGGCAAGGUUUAUUCACAAUUUACCUAGAUAUUGCAUUUUUUCUUCGACAACUUUCUAUGCACGUUCCAUUAACGCCCACGUAAACGGUAAACCAGUAUCGGCAGCGUACGUAUUCGAUCAUUAGUUCGAUCAGCACGGGUAAACGCGAAAUUAUCGUAUAAUUCGUAACGCGUGGUAAUUCGUUUACGAACUCGACGAUCGACGAAAAGAAAAAGAGAACGAAAAUGAUAUAGCGAUAUGGCAUCGAUGAAUCGGAAAUUUCUUUAGUUCUGCUGGUAAGUUGCUCGAUUACAGCGAACAUAACGUUAGAUUGCACGAUAAGGGUUCGUUUGUUCGUUAAUUUUAAAGGAAUCGCAGAUACUUUUGGGCACGCGACGCCACGAUAGAUGCAUGUACACUUUUUCGAAUCGACCGCCACGAAUCGUCGAAUCGCGUGCGCGGAACACAGGAUAGGCGAGAGGCGCGAAGUUUGCCGCAACGUUCGAAAGUGGCCGAAGUUGGUCGAAAAAGUCCGAUCGCGUAUGCCGUAUGCCGUAUGCAACCGAGCACAGUCGACCGGCAAACUCCGUCGCGUUAAGGCGGUCCGCGUUUCUCGCGAACGAUGUCGCACGCUGUCGCACGCUGUAUUUCGGUGCUAUUCGUGUUUCUCUUUUAAAAUUCGGACAGUGAGCGAAACAGUGAGCGUCGAAGACGCGUAAAUUCGGAAGAAGUCGAAAGCGAUCGAUCGUCGAUCGUCGGUCGUCGAUCAUCGAAUAAGAUUUUUCCAACAUUUUUCGUAGCAACUCGUAAUUAUUCGGACAGCCUUACGUUCGACGAUAAAAACUUUUAUCGCGACGUCACCGAUUAAUCUUGCCGUGUAAAUCGAAUACCCGACGGUAUCGACGGUAUCGACGGUAUCGAGUAUCGCGAAGGGAACAAACGAUGCUGAGAAUCGUGUAAAUGUAUUUUCAGGAGGAUAACGAGACAGCAGGAUGACAAGGAGGGAUCGAUGAACCCUGUUACGACGUCGCGAACACGAUAUCUCGUUGCCCUGGAUCGAGAUCAAAUUGGAAAAGUUACCGAGGACAGUAAAAUAUGUCGCGUUCGAGACGUCCGAGCGUUUCCAUCUACGAUUAUCCGGAACACUUGAAUCCGUUCAACGACGAAGUGACCAACGGACAGCCUCCACUGUAUCGCGAUGGAAAAACGAAAGAUUCGAAGCACAAGUUUUGGACCUUCGGCAGAAGCAGGAAGAAGAGAUCGAACAGCUUCUCUAUCAAAUCCACCUGGAACGGAUUGUUCGGUAAACGAAAAGAAGACAAGUCGGAAGCGCAAGAGAAGAGGUCCACGAUUACCACGGUUUCGUCGACCUACAAACGAGAGCCUUACGCGAAACCGAUGCCGGCAACGCGCGCGACCAAGGAUCAACAGGAGUUCGACGAGGCACUCGGUACCUUGGCGAGACGAAGAAAAUAUACUUUAGAUAAUUCAGCCUCGAGAUACGGUUCGAGUUUGACCGUGAACGGUGAUCCUGCUCGAAUCUACGACGGUAGUCCGCAGGACACUACCGCUUCCAUCAUGGGUGAUCUCACUCCAAAACCACCCGCGAGAAGGUUCGGUCAAGUGAGUCCAAAACCAACCGAUAAAAUACCACCGUUGAACUUCGAGGAUAAGAGUCCGCAGGAGAAUGGGAGUGUGACGCUUCGCGAGAAAACGCAGGAAAGAACGCCUGUACCGCCUUUGCGAAGAUUCGGUAACAGAUCGUCGCAAAGGACGCACGCGAGUGCCGUGGAUUCGGAAGAGGAAGCGAGUCGAUCGGGCGACGUCACGUUAUGUGACGAGAACGAAAAUGUUCCCGAGGAUUACGUGUUCAAGAGAUAUUCCCAGGAUGCGGUUAGAAAGUCGAAUCUUUCGAUAAAUAGUUGCGUAUCCGUUGGAAGCACGAUGAGCGCGUACGGUCGUAAAAAACGUAGAGCACCACAGCCACCGCGUCGCGUAGAAAAACUAGACACCACCGAGCAAGUUUCGCCUAACAUAGAGCUUCGAAUAGUCGAGCCAAGCGAUAUAGCAAGGGUUACCGAAAACAUCGACCAGAUGACGAAGAAAAGCAAAAAUUUUGAUCGAGAACAGGCCAAUAUCGUCGACACCGAUACCGAUCGCGAGAACAAGCCGUCGGAAGAAAUCGCUACGGAAAUUGCUUCGAUUAAAUCUACGGAAGAUAAAGAGAAUAUCGCAAACUCGUACGAAAUGGAAGCAUCUAAGGAGAAGAAUGUAAUAGAAAAGGAACGGGAUCAAUUGGAAAGCUCGACAACGAAAGAAGAAGAAGAAACGUCGAAGAAACCGGACAACGAGGAGGAUGCCGCGAAGGAUGCCGCGAAGGAUGCCGCGGAGAAAAACGAACAUGUUCGGGUCGAGUAUCACAGAACUUCUCACGAGAACAUAGAAAUUAUCAAAGACGUUGAUCGAGAUGGUUCGUUAUCCGAAGAUGCGUUAUCUAGAAGCGAUAGCUUCUCGGUAAAAGAUGAAAUCGAGAAAAUCGAGAAGCAGAUAAAGGCUCUCGAGACGAGAAACGCUUCCAGGGAUUCGUCGGAAGAAAAAGAUGCGAACGACUUGCACGAAAACACCAGGCAAUCUAUUCAGGCGAAUCGUCGAAACUUUUUCCAAAACAUGGUGGAAAAUGAAAAUGAUACGAGCGCGAUUAAAAUAGAAUUUAAGGAAUUCCCGAAAGAACAAAAAGACAUUCGCGUGGUGAGAUUGAACGAGUCGCCUGUUCCCACAACUGCGCACAGAGAACCGGUGAAAGUGAUCGAGCUUCACAUUUCCGAACCUAUCAGGCAAAAGCCCGAAAUCCUCGAAGAUGUGAAUCCGAUACCGAAACCAAGGAGACACAGCUCGUUGAAUCUGAACGAGUCACGAUCGGACGUGACAUCGAUCGAUGCACGAAACAAUUUUCACUCGAUCCGAGGCAAAUCCUUUUAAAACCUACGUCUUACGAGAUUCUGCAAUUGUUUCGGCUUCGAAAUUAAAUCAACUUCGUUAAUUUUAGUCGAAACAUCCUGUAAAGACUGUGCAGACAUAUUGUACAUGUGCCUUUAUUUAACAUAGAAUUUUUAUCGAUUUUUUGAUUAAGCGCUGUCCGUCGACAACGAUUAUUACAUAAGCAUGUAGUUGUAUGUACUUUUCAAGAGAUACCUUCUUCUGUAAAUACCUCGAAAGAUUAACGAUCCUUACUAUGCGUUUACUAGGCGUUUACUAGGCGUGUACGCGCUUCGAGCCUGGUUACAAACAAAUGAAACUCUGACCGUAUCUAUCUCAAACUUAUUUAGUCUUUCGUUAUUUAUUGAUACAGAAUAAAGUCUGAAAACUUUA